GCUAGAAUUGUGACGUGGUAACCAUUUAUAACGCGCAAUUGAUUUCAUGUAAUCUUUUUAUAUAGAUUGUAAGAGCAGAUUUAUAUCUGCUAGUGCAGAUUGCUACAUUCAUUUAAAAUAUUUUCCGUCCUGGGAUUUGAACGUCCGUCUAUGGUCUGUGGGCCUCGAGUCGCCCCCUAGAGGAACAGAACAUUUGUUACCCAGUGUUUUGUGUUGUGUUUGCAAACAGCGCCUCUGUUCACUGAUGGUGAAGCAUUACACACACAGACAAAAAGAGCUUUUAUUUAUAACGGAAGGACUGAAAGGUUAACUGUACAUAAUGUUGUUCCUUUAGGGUCAUAGUUUAGGGUUAGCAGUCAAACCCAGUUGUACUCUGUUACAUAUUCGCAUCUGCGCUUCCGCAUCCCCUCAAAAUAAGAGAACUAAAACUCCAUUUCCCACGAUGCGUUUUAAAUAGGACAAUCACAGUCUCGUCCAGAGUGUGUAACGUAAUAAUCACAGACUCUGUUUGUUACCGCUGGAUCAGAAGGCUGGAGGCCUAUAUGCUGAUUUAUUAAUGGAAAUGAUUGCAGUACAUCACCGAUCAGUAUGUGCAAAGGUGCAAAGGAUCUGUUCUGUAUCUUCUAUUUGAGCUGAGAAUGCAGCGUGUGAAAGUGCUGGUUGUCGGAGCAGGUGUGGUGGGUCUAUCCUCGGCAGUGUGUAUCGCUGAGACGCUUCCACACUGUUCUGUAACUGUUGUUGCCGAGAAGUUCUCGCCUGACACCACCAGUGAUGGAGCCGCUGGAAUCUUCCUACCUACUGAGUUUCCUGACAUCCCUCGUGAACGGCAACGGCGUUGGUUCAAGGAGUCAUUUGAUCAUCUUCUGGCCAUCGCAGAUUCCCCACAGGCCGGAGAAGCUGGCGUGUACUUGAGCUCCGGGUACCACAUUUUCAAGGAUGUACCCAACGACAAAAAACCCUACUGGGCAGAUGUGGUGUUAGGAUUCAGAUACAUGACGGAUCAUGAAAUGAAGCGUUUCCCUAAUCAUAAGUUUGGACAAGCGUUCACCACAUUAAAGUGUGAAUGUUGGAGAUACUUGCCAUGGAUGGAAAAAAGGCUUAGAGCAGUUGGAGGUCAGAUCCUUCAUGAAAAGGUGACUGAUCUUCAUAAACUGGCCCUGAACUACGAUGCCAUCAUUAACUGCUCAGGUGUCGGCUCACGCUUUUUGGCGAAGGAUGAGGAGGUCUAUCCAGUUCGAGGUCAAAUAUUGAAGAUUAACGCCCCUUGGCUGAAGAACUUCCUAAGAGAUGGAGAUGGCAUGACCUACAUCUACCCUGGAAUGACACACGUCAACAUCGGAGGCACGCGGCAGGUGGGCGACUGGUGUAUGGAGGUGAAUAAAGAGGACAGCGAGGGGAUCCUAGAGCGCUGCUGUCGACUGGAACCGUCCCUGCGAGCAUGUCAGGUGAUGGAGGAGUGGGUGGGACUGCGGCCAGGCAGGGCUAACCUGCGGGUGGAGCGCGAAUACCUGUCCGUACUGGGCCACCAGGUGCCUCUGGUGCACAACUACGGUCAUGGAGGCUGUGGGGUUACUCUGAGCUGGGGGACGGCACUGGACGCGCUCGAUCUGCUGAGACAGAGUCUGUACGAAAAACCACCUCUAGCCAGACUGUGAAUCUAAUAUUGAAGUUUAAGACUUCAUACUGAUACUGAUAUCCAUGUGUCAUAUGAUUUCCAUACUGAUAGCUAUGCUUUUGUGCACGAGAAAUAGCACUUUCAUGUUAAUAAUAAAUAAAUCAUGAAUGUAAUUUAGGCCUUUAAACCUAAUGUAAUUUUACUUUGACUUUUAGUUCUUGAAGAUAAAUUAUGUAAAUUGUUCCAUGUUGAAAUAUAUUUUUUAAUAUGCCAGUUUUAAAUUCUGAGUGAGUGUUUGAAAAUCGCCUUUAACUACUUUAUACAUGAACAAAUUGUCAGAGUGACGCUAAAUAUUUUAAUGAAGAAUAUUGUCUUAA